CAUAUGGAGCGUCUGGAUAAUCGAGACUACAUUGGUGACGGGUAACUCUACAGACUAAAAACUGUUGAAGGAAUUAUAUGUUCUGCAUAUGGACGCAAGAUAUAGUUUGAAAGAUUUCUGGAACCCAGAUUUAAAGUUGAACUGCAAAGGGAAGACAUGGAUAACAAUCGGAGAAAAUCGAUCGCUGUUUUAGGAGCCGGUGUCGUAGGUUUAUCUUCAGCAAUCAAUAUACAGAAACUCUACCCCCGGGCAGAGGUGACCAUUAUUGCUGACAAAUUUAAUUCUGACACAACAAGUGAUGGGGCUGCAGGAAUAUUCAGACCAACUAGUAUCAAAAUUAAUGGGGAUACGGCAAUAAUUAGGAAGUGGUGUAAAGAUUCUUUCAAAUGGUACCAUAGUAUCUGGAAGUCAGAGGAAGCUCCUACGGCAGGAGUGCAUCGUGUUGGAGGAUAUUUGUAUGGAAGAGACGAAUGUGAGGCCCAUACACCCCUGUAUUGUUAUGAGACGAGAAAGUUGUCAAAAGAUGAAUUAAGCUGUCUUCCAGGCGAACCAAGAUAUGGAUAUUUUAGCGACACCUUGAUGAUUGAAUGUCGACGGUAUUUGCCAUGGUUACUUCAGUGGUUUCAUAAAAAUGGCGGAAAAACAAGAGUCGAGAAAAUAGAGUCACUUUCACAAAUUGUACACCAGUACGAUAUUUACGUCAACUGUCUUGGACUGGGAGCCAGAGAAUUGUUUGAAGACAAAGAAAUGUUUCCUGUCAGAGGACAUCUCAUAAGAGUGCAGGCACCAUGGGUGAAGAAUGCCUAUUUUUCUGACUCUUCAACAUACAUAUAUCCCGGACAAGACGACGUUGUGUUAGGAGGAACAAGACAUGUAGGAGAGGAGUCUUUAGAUUAUAGUGAAGAUACAUUUAAUGACGUCUUACGCAGAUGUUGUCAAAUAUUACCAGGUCUUAAGAGUGCUCCAAUUGUGAAGAAAUGGGUGGGAAUAAGACCACACCGGACAUCAAUCCGAACAGAGAUAGAACUUAAACAAGUUGACGGUCAUAUCAUGAAGGUUGUUCACAAUGUGGGACAUGGAGGAGAUGGUGUCGCCCUGAGUUGGGGGAGUGCGAUAACUGCUACCAAACUAGUUGCACAGAUUCUAUACUCCGAUGUCACAAUCCCAAGAUCAAAAUUAUAAACCAAAGCAUAUCAAAUCUAUGUUGUAUACAAAUAAUCUGUUGAUAACUGUAUUUUUGUUAGAAUAAAUAUUCCUGUGAAAAUGAAUUUUUACAAUUUAAGAUAA